AUGACAGCGCAUGAUCAGAUUCGAGCUAUGCUCGAUGAACUAAUGGGAACUUCCAGAGAUGGCAAUGCCGACAAAUAUCGAGUGAAGUUUGAUGACCCUCGGGUAUGUAAAAGCUUCCUCCUCGGCUGUUGCCCACAUGACAUUCUGGCAAACACGCGGAUGGACAUGGGAGAGUGUCCGAGCAUACACGAUCCUGCCCUACGUGCAGACUAUGAAUUGGCAUCGAAGACAAGAGACUACUAUUAUGAUAUUGAUGCCAUGGAGCAUCUUCUGAGUUUUAUCACAGACUGUGACCGCAAGACAGUGAUUGCCAAACGUCGGCUCAAGGAAACACAGGCUGAGCUCAGUGAAGAAGCGAAUGCUAAGGCAGAUCAGAUCCAUGCACUUGGGGAGCAGAUUGGGACACUCAUGGCCAAAGCUGAGGAAAUUGGCGCCGCUGGAGAGGUUGAGCAGUCCAUGAAGAUGAUGGAAGAAGUGGAAGAGCUCAAAGUUAAAAAGUCUCAAGCUGAG